AUGAAGUAUUUUAUUGUUUAUUUCAGUAUAUUCUUGUGUAUAAUGGUACAUAAGAAACGUCCAAAGUCGGUACGGAAUGCACGAAAUGCAGCGCUUGCAUUGGAGGAAAAACGUUACACCAAAACCCCACAUACCAUGGUUUUCUCACGUCCUGGUGUUGGAAGUUUAGUGAAACAAUUAUCUCUCGAUGUUAGAGAGAUUUUCGAACCCUUUACAGCUAGCCGUUUACGUGUAACCCGUCAGAAUGUACUGAAAGAUUUUAUUACUAUCGCUGGUCCAUUGAACGUAACACAUUUGUUAUAUUUCACACACCCUAAUGAUGAGAAACGUGAACAGAAACGUGCCCGUCGUUUAGCUAAAGCUUCUGCAAAACAGUUAAAAAAUGAAAAUUCUUCAAUUGAACAAAAUACUACUGAAAUUCAAGCAGUAACCAGUAAAAGUUGUAGUAACCACGGUGGUGUUUAUCUACACAUGAUUCGUGUUCCGCAUGGACCUAGUCUUACUUUUCGUGUUGCUGAAUAUAGCUUGAAACGUGAUAUACAAACUUUGGUUCGUCGAGUUUUCGAUAGUCGUCAGUAUAGUUCACCGCCUUUGUUAGUAAUGACUGGAUUUGGUAUGGGCGGUACGAACGCGAAUACAUCCGCUCCAUUGCCACAUCUACGUUUAGUCGUAGAUAUGUUUCAAAAUUUACUGCCUCCAUUAAAUGUUCCGAAGCUUAAACUUAGUACAGUAAAACGAGUUUUACUUGUUAGUCGAGAAGUCGACACUGCAUACAUUAAUACUACUACUAAUGACAAUAGUAGUAGUGGUUGUACUGGUGACGAUACAAAACAGCACCAACUACAGCAAGUGAAUGAUGUAAUUUACAUUCGACACUUUCAUAUUCGUACUGAAAAUCGUUGUAUAAGCCGUGCACUACGACGUCUUGGUGUUGGCGGUGCAAAAAUGAAACGUCGAUGUGUUGAUAACUCUGAGUUGAAAUGUGGAAUUGGUCCAAGUGGUUCAGGAAAAACAACAGGUGUACCGAAUUUAGCGAAAUAUUCAUCUAUGGACGAUUUUUUAACUAAAACAGGACUUUUAUCCGAUUCAGCAUUAUCAGAUAUUUUAUCAGAUAUGGAAGAAGUUGAUUUAGUUUCAGAUGUUCACUUGUCAAGUUCUGGAUUCGCUAACGCAGAUGCUAUACAAUCACGUAAACGUAAACAUGGUCAUGGCACUAGUUCAAUACAUGGAUUAAAACAUUUAGGCACAGCUAAAAAAGCUACAAUUCGACUUACUGAAAUUGGACCAAGAAUUACUUUAAAUCUAAUUAAAAUAGAAGAAGGUGUAAACACUGGUACAGUUUUAUAUCAUCGUUGGCAAACACGUACACUAUCUGAAUUAGCUCAUCAAUCAGAAUGUCUAAGACAACGUGAACUAAUUCGUGCAAAACGUCGUGCUGAACAUGAAGCUCGACGUUUAGCGAAUGAAGCUGAACGUGAAACACAUCGUGCUAUUUGUCUUGAAGGUAUGAAACGUGCUGGUCAAUUGUCAACACAAGAUGAAAUUAAUACUGAUGAAAAACCAAUAAAUUCUAAAAUGGUUAAAUUUCAAUUAGAUGAAGGAACUGAAAAGAAACGUAAAAAGAAAUUAGAAGUCAAUGAAAAAUCUAACAAAUCAGUUGUCAAAAAAGCAUUCAAAAGUAAUCUUAUUGUUAGAAAAAAGAAGAAAUAAUAUCAGCAAUUGUUUGAUUCAAAUAUUAUUUCUGUACAAAUCCAUGAUAGAAUGGUGUAUUUGUGUGUGUUUUUUUAUUUUGUAAAUAUCUGUAAAUCAUAUUUAUUAAAUAGAAAUGUUUGUUCUUUUUCCAUUGAAUGGAAAGAAUUCAUGUGAAAAAAUAAAGUCAGUCAGUCAGUAACAACGUAGAACUUCGCACGUACAUACAUCACUUCGAGUUGCCACACCACAUUUGCACAGAGAUGCAGUUGUCGACACAAAUCACGUAGUGGUAGAGGCGGUAAGAGUAUAAACAGUAAUCGGAAAGAUUAGGGUUUGAAGAUGUUAUUUAAAGAGUGUAAUCCAGUGUAAUAAGUUUGAAAAGAGAAAUAAAGAGACAAUGAGGAUUCAAGAGUGUUAGGGAUGCAGAGGAAUAUACCAAUAAUUAUCAUGUUAAGUCUAACAGUGACCUUGGACUUUAAAUGUCCACUCCCUAUUGGUGGAUAUUUGUUUCGCUUGUUAAAUAUUGUGUAAAUGUUGUUUUCUAUUUUAUGGUACGAUGUGGUUUGUUUGUUUGGUAUAUAAAUAGAGUAUGUCUGAAAUAUAAUGAUUCAUAUCUCAGAGGCCGAGACUUGCGUUCUGGACUCAACUGGCAGGGGUAAACAGCGAAGCAGGGCCAUUCGGGACUCGAGGUCGUUCAUUA